UGAGUUGACACCCUAUCACUAAACUGUUCGAGUGGUUUGUAGGAAUAAAUAGACACAUGCAAAGUGUCAGUGAGUAUAGUUCCUUCACGGUACUUCUAUUUAAAAAAAGGGGGUUGCGGAACACUGUACGAUGUCGAAAUGUGACAGAUCCGGUGAAGUGAAGCUGGGGGACGGUUACACAGCAACAGCUACAGCUUCAAAUGCGUCCAUGGCACUAGACCAGACGGAGUUGGUGGGCAAGCGGGUGUCUUGCGGCGGGGAGCGGGCCACAGUGUGGUACUUUGGCCCUGUACCCCCCACAACAGGUCUCUGGCUGGGCGUGGAGUGGGAUAACCCAGAAAGAGGCAAACAUGACGGCAGCCAUGAGGGAGUACAGUAUUUUACAUGCAGACACCCUACAGGAGGCUCCUUCGUCCGUCUAGCAAAGGUGAGCUUUGGUGUGGACUAUCUGACUGCUGUGCGACAGGUGUAUGAAAUCAACUCACAGGAGGUGCUGAGUGAGGAGAUCUCAAUCUCUAAGAAGCAGCUCGAGUGGGGGAGCAUCAAGGAGCGUGGUAUUGACAAUCUUCCAACAGUGCUGCUGAGCCGAUGUGAAGUGAAUGGGCCCGGUGCUGAUGGGAAAAUCAGGACCACAACUCCCAAUGUUGAGUGGUUGGACCUGAGUGGGACUCUGCUGUCCUGCUGGGAGGAUGUGGCCACCAUCUGCCUGCAGCUGCACAGACUGGAAGGACUGCAGCUUAGCUACAACAGACUUAGUUUGCCCCCUGACCCCUCGGCUCUCUGCCAGGCUUUCUCAGCCCUGAAAGUCCUCGUCCUCAACAGCUGCGAGCUCACCUGGAAACAGGUUCUGGAGUGUGCUUCCAUGUGGCCGCAGCUGGAGGACCUGUGUUUAGAAGAAAACGACAUCACAGAACUGCAGAGGCCUGAAGGAUUGCUGCAGUCGCUGAAGAGUCUCAAUCUAUCCAGUAAUCCUUUAGUGCAGGACAGUGUUCUCAGUAUAUCUGCUCUCCCCAGGCUGGAGCAACUCAAUUUAUCAAAGACUGGACUUUCUGUCAUUCGAUUCAAAGAUGCUGCCCCUGGUUUCCAAACAGCCAUGUUUUCUGCUUUGACGACUCUCAACCUGGACUACAACAACAUCAGUGAGUGGUUUGUGGUGGACGAGCUGGCCAAACUUCCUAGUUUGGUUAAGUUUUCUUGCCGUAGCAACAGGCUGGUGAGCAGGGAUGGAAACCAAAAAACAGCCAAUCAGAUAUUGAUCGCCAAACUGGGACAGCUGGUUGUGCUGAACGGCUCUGAGAUUCAUGCUGAGGACAGGAGGGGAGCAGAGCUUGACUACAUCAAGAUGUUUGGAGAGGAGUGGCUCAAGGCAGGUGGGCAGAAUCAGCUCAGCUCCCAGUUCAUUUGCCAGCACCCUCGUUAUCAGGCUCUCAUCAAGAAGUACGGUGCUCCAGAGGAAGGAGAGCUGAAGAAGCCUGAGCCAUUUGCUCUGAAAAAUCAGCUGUUGAAGAUAACUUUUGUGUUUCCUAAUGAUGCCAACCGGCAGCCCAUUGAGAAGAAGCUUCCAGCCUCCAUGGUUGUUCAAAAAGUGAAAGGACUUCUGUACAGACUGCUCAAGGUCCCUGCAGCAGAUCUGAGGCUCACCUACACCAGCUCCAAGAUGGUGGGGACAGAGUUUGAGAUCGACAGUGACCUGAAGACACUGCAGUUUUACUCCAUAGAGGAUGGAGACCAGGUGCUGGUCCGCUGGUCCUGAUCUAGACCAGGACUUGAAGAUCCACAGGAGAAACAGAGCAAAGACUUGUUUAAUAGAACGUCUGGGUGUUUUCCACAUGUGACUGGACUCGCACUGAGAGGUGGAUUUACUGCAUAAGCUACACUUGUGCGCGACUGCAUACCAAUGGAUUUGUUGACGCCUUGUUUCAAACACGACAGACAUAUUAUUUCUGUUUCAUGUAGAAAUGUGAGGAAAUUUGCAGUUUCCUCACGGCUCCUCAGAUUUGAUGUUGAAAUUUGGACGCUGAGGGCACACGCUUCAUUACUGCAAGAUAGGGUUAGCUAACCCUCACAGAGAGGGUUGGCAUCACAGGGAGGGGUUGUAUCCUGGAAAAUGUAAUGAAAUGAUAGUUUAGCAAGACAAGACAAAUAAAUGCCUGCAAAUAUAAAAAUCAGAGAACAAAAAUUGAGUGUAGUGUUAGUUAAGACACGCCACAAGGUUAAGCUCAGUCAGUCAUUAUCAGUUAACUGCUCAGCCCCCCUGCUUUCUGUACAUCUAGGUGGCAAAUCCAGUUCACUCUACUGAGGAGCAGCUAAAAAAAUAACAUGUAUGUUUUUAUGAGCAAAUGAAAAUGUUCAUUAAAACACACCUACUCACUUUA